CUUUCUAAGACAUAUGGAUCUGUGUUUUCCGUCUACAUGGGAACAAAGAGAGUGGUUGUCUUAGUAGGUUAUAAGACGAUCAAAGAAGCAUUUGUCAGAUAUUCUGAGGAGUUUGGAGACAGAGAAGCACCCAAAGUAGCUGAAGAUGCUAAGCUACAUCAUGGAAUUGUAUGGUCCAAUGGUGACUCUUGGAAAGAAAUGCGACGCUUUGCUCUGAAAAAUCUGAAGGACUUUGGGAUGGGAAAGAAACUAUGUGAGGAGAAGAUUAUUCAGGAAUGUCAGUUCCUCAUUCAAGAGUUUAUGAAGUUUAAAGGUAAUACUGCUGGAAAGAAUACAAAUGGAACCACCAUCAUUCCUGUCCUGACUUCUGUUCUGCACGAUGAGAGUGAAUGGGAAAGGCCAAGCACCUUUUAUCCAAACCACUUCCUAAACAAAGAUGGAAAGUUCCGGAAGCGUGAUGCCUUCUUGCCAUUUUCAGCAGGUCGCAGGAUGUGUCCUGGAGAGAGUCUGGCCAGGAUGGAGCUCUUCAUUUUUUUCAUUACGCUCCUGCAGCAUUUCCGUUUCUCUCCUGCUCCUGGAGUCACAGAGGAGGAAUUAGAUCUAACUCCACGUAUUGGUGGUACUCUCAGCCCCCAGCUCCACAAACUGUGCGCUAUUCCUAUAAAAUGAGCCUGGAUGUCUUUGUGCAAAAAUAAAUAUGCAGACGGUCAGAAAGAAAGAUUAAAUACAA